AUGAAGGUACCGGAGUCGCCUAGCCUGGAAGUUUUGACCGUCUAUCGACCACCAAGAAGCGAUCCUGAAGCUAACGCUAAUCUGCUAGAGGAAAUAGCAAAAUUAUUUGCUCGGUCUGACGUCUUGAUACUGGGGGAUUUCAAUGCUCCGCCCAUCGAAUGGAAGUCAACAUACGCACUUGGUCCAGACGAAGCCUUUGAUAGGUGUUUAUUGGACCUGACGCUCAGUUAA